GUCUAUGUUCUGCUGCUGCUGGUUCUGGUGCUGCUACUGCCCUGUCAGCUGAUGUGUUGUCUUCUGCCUGGUGCUGUGCUACCUCCUGCCUGAGUGUGUUUAAUAUUCCUGAUGAGCCAGACAAGAGAAGAUCGUUUGAAGGUUUUGUACAAGAGAGAUUCAAAAACUUCAAAAGUUCGUUGAGAACAAGAUGGAUCCAUAAGAAACAAAGGCAUAAACCGAAGAAAACUGUGAUGGGUAAUGCAGGAAAGGAGGAACCUGAGAAGAAACCGUGGGAUGUAUAUCCACAAAUAACGGUGAAGGACUGGGAGAAGUUUGUGGCGAAAUCAACUACUACUACUGCACUUGAAAAAAGUCAACAAGCUACAAGCAAUACUGAGAAGAAAAUGUAUAACCAUCAUAUGGGUUGUAAGACAUUUGCGGAAAGUAGACCAAAGUGGAUCAAAGAGGGUCUAUACCCCGCAUCCAAAAUACCAUCAUCUGAUAAACCGCUUGAUUCCACGAUCACAAGUUUGGUAAGUCAUGCAAAUGAUUGGUGGUGUGCUAUGCAUGGGAUCGACAAGAACACCGGGAAGUACAUCAUGCACCCGGAUAAAAGGCCAGUAGCAGAUGCACUUCUCGAGCAUACGUCGGAAGUGGUUGAAGGCAAGCUCACUCCAAGCAUAGAGAACGAUCCUUUUACCUUGGCUUUGGGAAAACCAUACCACCCUAGCGAGUCAUUGGUGCGGGAGGGAAACAACUAGGGUGGGAAAAGGUUAUGGGUUCAGAAUACACUAGAUCAAGAAGAACUAGAUCAAGUGUUAAUUCGCCUCACCAUAUGAAUGCCAAGGAAAACGAAUCAAUUAAGGCGGAGAUACGCAAAGAGGUGCAAGAACAAUUGCAAAGUCAAUUCAAUGCCAUUUUAAAGCACAUGAACUUGCCAACCUUGUCUUUGCCCCCGAUAACCCCAGUGGACUCAUGUAGUCACCCAGAAGAUGCCGGGGAUGAUCCACUUGUUGAGAGCGAGAUUCCUACUCCUACGCAUGCAGACUCAAGGGGGAUUGCAAACCAGACACCUGAUCCUUUUCCAGAUGUUCAGGAAGAGACGCCUUGUGAGCUUUUUCACCCCGGCAAAAAACGUGGAUGGAGAGUUGGUGGGCAGCAGCAUAAGGCACGAAUUAGAGCAAAAAUUCGAAGGUAAUUAAGCUACCUCCUUCAUUCGUUCCAAGCAGAAGCAUAAGAAGAAUUUUCGAGCAAAUUUUCGAGCCUAAACGCAUAGUUACUGGAUUAUUAUCCCUCAAAGCAAUUUGGGAGAAUGUGCCACCAUCUUGGAAUGGUUUUCAUGAUCCUUGUGGUGAUCGCUGGGAAGGAAUUGCCUGCAAUAAUACCCGAGUGAUUUCGAUAACUUUAUCAAGCAUUGGGCUGAAGGGCGUACUGUCAGGUGCUAUCCGGCAACUAUCUGAGCUACAAACUCUAUAAAUAAUAAUGGAGGAUGAGGAUAUGCAAAAUGCUGAAAAUGAGCCACACAAUCAAUCACCAUCACAGCUUGAUUCUCAGAAGAAGAAGAAAAAGAAGCCAAGAGGUCCUUCAAAGGGCCUUAAAUCGAAGAGUGGGGUUCCUAGAGUGCUUGAAUGGGAUGAAUUCUAUCGGCCAAUUGGAAAGUGGGUAACAGAAUACAAAACUCAUGUUGGUGAAAUAAGUCGUGCAAAGGUCUCUAUAUUGAUUAAAGAUUGGAAAGAAGUUCCACAAGGAAUAAAAGACAUUUUGUGGGAAGAUGCUAAGAGAGAGUUUCAUAUCGAAGAAGAUGAAAAAAAGAAGAAGAAGGUCCUACACACUUGUGAUCAGCGAUGGAAAGAUUUUAAAGCAAAAUUGGUUAGCGGUUGGAUCACUUGUACUAGGAAAAUGCCGGAUGACAAAAGAAUGCCUUAUGAAAUUUAUGAUUUCAUAACUCCAGAUGUGUGGAAUAGUUUUGUAAAGGAGCAUAGCACGGAUGAAUUCAAGGAAAGAAGUGAGAAGGCAAGAAAGAGCCAGUCUUUCAACCAAUACCCGCAUCAUUUAGGAGCCAAGUCAUAUGGUGAAAUGGAUAUUGUAUGGAAAAGAAAAGGGUAUAUUCCUUCAUCAUCUACUACUUCAUCUUGCUCUUCGGUUGUUUCUAGUUUGCCGGAUAGGACAUAUGCUUGGCUUUUAGCAAGAUCAAUAGAAGAUGAUAAGGGAAAUCAUUAUUUGCCUGAUCAGAAAACAAAAGAGGUGAAAGAAUCCAUUGAUGAUUGGAAAAAGCAACAAGCUGAAGGGAAAUUUGUUCCUAAUAGGAAUGAUGAUGUCUUGGCCCGUGCCCUUGGAAGAAAAGAUCGUUAUGGUCGGGCAAUAGCAUUUGGCAGAGGAGUUGGCAUUAAAGCUGUAUGGGGAUCUGGAGAGCGGCGUAGUGGCCGACGUGGUACGCAAAUUGGAGAUGUUGAGUUGGAGGAAUUAGAGGCAAGAGUAACCCAAAGGGUGCGAGAUGAGACUGUACAGGAGAUGCAGUCCAAAGUGGAUUUCAUGGUUCAAGAGAAGUUUAUGUUUUUGGCUAAAGAGAUGGGUAUUCAAAUUCCAACUAAAUUAAUGGAAUUGAAUAGCAUAUGCCAGGGUACUCCACAAAAUCGUAGUAGUUGUCACUCAGGUGGUGGUGAUGCUCCACUUGCAAACAUACAUGAUCCAUUUGCAAACAUACAGGAACCAGUUGCAUGUAAGCUAUCGUUGAUGAUUGACUCUGAGAAAGAGUCAUUGUUGCUGAAGGUACAUUUUAUCCAGAGUUAAUCCUUGAUCAUCAUAGUAGCCUCCUACCUGAUCAUGUGAGGAUAAGUGUUGAUGAUUAUUAUGAUAAGUUCAAAGACGUUCCAGUCCCAGUUCCUUCUGCAUUCAUAAAGAAACUCAAGAAUGCUAAUGGUACUUUUACACAAUGGCCGAAACACUUGGUUUCCCUUCUGCAUGAUAAGGAAAUCAUCCCAAACAAGAGUGAUGGCAAUAGAGAAAUGACCAAAGAAAAUGUGCAAGUCAAAAGAAAAGAGGUUGAUAGUGGUCACGAAACAAAAGAAUCCAACACCAAUCCAAAAAAAAACCUUUCUUGUGGAUUUUGUGUUGGAAAAUUUGACUCAAAAGUGUAGGUGUUUGAAUGAUUUCUUAUAUUCAUUACCCGAAGGUGAAAAUGUGAUGAAGAUGAUCGGUGAUGUAAGAACCUUUAGUUAUGAAAUUGAAAGGGACAUCAUUAUCAAACGAGAAGAUGUCGAUCAACUUCUCACGGGAGCAUGGCUUAAUAUUUCAAUUUUGCAAGUUUUUAUGAUGGCUUUGAGUGACUAUUCUCUCGAUACGGUCGAUGUGUUUCCCACUGGAUUCAUGUGUCCAGAGAUGAUUUCAGAGACCUAUUUGCAUAGUGAUGCUGAUCGUGUCCUACUAUACAUGAGAAAUGCAAUGGAAAAACAAAAAAAAAAAAAGCAAUUCAUCUUAUGCCCAUACUAUGAAAAGAAUCAUUGGGUUCUUCUGGUAUUAUGCAUGACUAAGCGUGAGGUCUACAUCUUUGAUUCUAUGAGUCAAAAGCGAAAUUUGGCAAUUAAGUUUCCAAUGACAAAGUAAGUUUGUUUAUAGAGUCAUGU